AUGAUCGAUGCUUCUGGAAAAUUCCAGAUUUGUGUGGGAUUCAUAAUUGCUUGUGCAUCGUUCCGAUUCCGUCAAAUGACCUAUGCAAAGUAUCUGAUGAAAGGAUCUUAUUUCCAACACUCUGAAUUUCUUCUGAAUGCAUUUGUUGGUCUCUGUUGGGUGCGUGCUGAUCUCAUUGCAUGGGCAAUUCAUCUCACAAUCGCAUUGAUGUUUGUUAGCGUCUCCAAUGUAUAUCUUUCGUGUAAAAGUUUGGAAACUCUCGAGUAUUAUGGCACUUUUCGUUCGAAAUAUUUCUUCGAGGAAGCUCAUAAAUGGCCAAUUGAGAGAAUUGUUCAAGCGGAGACUUGUUUGGAUAUAAUGCUCGGAAUGAUAUUGAUCAAAGCAUUGGAAGUUAUUGAGAGAGAAUAUCAGGAAGAAGAAGAAGAGGAACAUGAUGAGAAUGAGGACAAUGAAACUGAGGAAGAGGAUGAUGAGUGA